CCAUGCCCAAGCUCGUCGCGCCGCCAGCGCCCAUCCGGAAUCUCCUCACCACGAAAAGACCAUCCACAUCCCGCACAGUACCCUGCCAGUUCUUCGUCUCCUCGCCCAUCCGGCCCCUCGCGCACCCGCAGCACGGCAUCCUCCACGAACCCGAACACUGGCAGACUCCCCCGCUGCGCUUCUCCCCGUCGGGGCGCAACCGGAGCAUUUCCGAUGAGCUGGAGGGAAAGGGCUCGAACGGGGAGCGCAAACCGCCUGAUGAGCGGGUUUUGAAGCUGGGGAAGACCCUCCGAACCCUCUCCCCCCUCCUCCCCACCCUGCUCUUCAACCCCCUCCCAACAGAAAUCCUCUCGCCACACGUAACCCUCCACCUAUUCCCAUCCACCCACCCGCACCUUCCCACAGUCAAAGGACGGACCCUCUACCGCGCCGCGCUGUGGACCGUCCCAGUAGCCUGGAGCGCCCUCCCACUAGUCGGGAACGUCAAACUGCAGAUACUAAGCGAGCGCAUCGUGCGCGCAGGGACAGUCCUCGAUCCUGAAGGGAGCAGCGACAACAACGACAUCGGCGACGAGCGGCUCGUCGUGCGCUGGAAGACGGAGCCGCGCAAUGAAGACCACCAGCCGUCCUCUUCUUCCGGUGACGCCAGCCAAUCCCGCGUGGCGUCUUCGUCCUCUAAACCGGGUAUCAACCGCAACCUGAGCGUUCUUCUAGGCGGCGACGCGCCCAUCUUCAAGCUCUCCAAGGAGGAGCAGUUCACGGGAUUGUUCAUCUUCUCGUUUGAUGAAGAGGGGAGAAUAGCAUCUCAUACGAUCGAGCAUGCUGAUGAUGCGAGGGGCUGGGAACGCACUGCCAAGUUCGUUACAUUGACGGACUGGUUGAUCGGCAAGGCGAGGGGCUCGUUGGAUCCUGCUCCCGCCCCGGGUCUGGCUAUGCAGGGUUGUGAGCGGUUCUCUUGGAGUUUGGGGAGGGAGGAUUUGUAUCAUCGUCGAUGAUUGGGCGUUGUGUUGAUGUGUUUCGCUGAUACUGUCUUUGCUGUACUGUGGGAUAUGUGCGGAUAGUUACGGAGUACUUCGUGGGUAGAUGGGCUGGGCUCCUCUCUUAUCUUCUCUUCUCUUUCCAUCAGACUAGGCAUGUUAUUGCUCUAGUUUAUCUUGUGGUCCAUCUCUGCUCAGUUUAUGGUGUCGAUGUACGUUAUACCAGUGAGGGGUGUUCUAUCUAUUCUUCUUUUUUUUUUUUCUUUCGGCGUUCUCUUGUCUGACUCGAGUGUAUCGAAUGUAUUUUUUUCUAGCUAUGUACAACCUCGUCGCUAACCAGCAGCGCGGGGCUUGAUAUCAGAUACUUAAAUAUUCUCCUG